AACUGGCCCUUUAUCUGUGGAUUUCUUUCGAACAAACGCAUCGUGUGUAGACGUUGGCGCGCAUCGUGACUCAGAGCUGUGCCUAAGAUAGUGAUAAAUGUGACGUAAGUGUGAAAGAUUAAACGUACCAAUUGAUAAGUGGCAGAUCAUAGAAUGAAAGUGAAUUAACUGACGAGAAAAUAAUUUUGGAUAUUUCUCAAUCGACAGGCAUAAUAUACGAAUAUCUAGACACGAUACAUUUGUCCUGGAAUACGUCAGUGACGGAAGCGAAGGCAUUUAUAACGUUUAGUGUACCUCUCCCUCUCUCUUUCUCUCUCUUGCUCGCAUUCUUCUCUUUGAUAUAACGUUACCUAUCAGGAGCCUACUAUUUUUCGUAUCCUACGAUCGUGCACUAGGAACUUUUGCGACAAGUACAAACACACGCGCACAUGAUCUCCUUUGGAGAGAUCUCCUCCUAAUCGUGGAAAUGCAUCUCUCAAUGCGGACUCAUUAUUAUUGAAUCAUCACCAUUCAACUCCAAUAUGCUCGAGUAUUGGGGCAUGAAAUUUAUAUAUAUUAUUAGACAGUAUUAAACAGGGUACAAGAAACAGUAUAUAAAACAGUAUUAAACAGUGUUUUAAUAUAUAUAUAUGUGUACACGUAUAUGCACACAUACACAUACAUGAUAUAUCUACUCGGUUUUAAGUCGUUUUAAAGUGUUUGGGUACAUUGCGUCUUGACACGAUGGCAAAUGUGUGCGAAUUUGCGCAAAUAAUCCCGCAGUGAGAUGAUAGUGAAUGUGCGUUUUAUCACGAGUGAUCAAAGGUGACAGCGAUAUCACGAGCAAAUCUGGCCUCCUCUUAGUAUUCAUAAUCUUUGAAUUAUCAUAAACACACGAGAAUGGGUGUUGGUCUUAAACCAUUGGAAUUUACGGAUUGUUUAACCGACAGUCCGUAUUUCCGCGAGAAUCUUCAUUAUCACGAGCGCGAAUUGGAAAAGACCAGUCAACAGAUCAAACGUCUCGUUAAAGAGGUCAAAGAUUUAUUGUUAGCCGCAAAAAAUUUGUCCAGAGCUCAAAGAGCCUUUUCCAAAACGUUACAAAACUUCAGUUUUGAAUGUAUCGGCGAGAGCCAAACUGAGGAUGAAACCCACAUAUCUCAAAGUUUAAAAGAAUUUGGAAAACUUAUAGCAUCUAUAGAAGAUGAAAGAGAUCGCAUGCUGGGACGAGCACAUGACCAGAUUAUAUUGCCUCUGGAAAAUUUUAGGAAAGAACAUAUCGGAGGAGUCAAGGAUGGUAAAAAGAAAUUUGAGAAACAGACAAUCAAAUUUUGUCAGAGUCAAGAACGUUACUUGAAUUUAUCUACUAAAAAACAAGACAACGUACUGCAAGAGGCUGAUGCAACAUUGGAGAUGGCUGAAAGACACUUCUCUCAAGCUAGCCUAGAAUAUGUAUUUCUAUUGCAAGAGGUUCAAGAGCGGAAAAAAUUUGAAUUUGUUGAAACGUUAUUGGGAUUUAUGUUUGGAUGGCUGACAUUCUAUCAUCAAGGCCACGAGGUUGCAAAAGAUUUUAAACCUUAUAUGACAGAGUUACAGUUAAAGAUACAGAAGUCGGCAGUGGAAACCGGUCUGAAUAAACUGCAUUCCCGCGAAGGCUAUUUGUUCUUAAUGGAAAAAAAAGCCUUUGGUACAACAUGGACAAAACAGUAUUGCACAUAUCAGAAGGAUAAGAAAGAGUUCACUAUGAUUCCUUACAAUCAACUCACAGGGAAAUUUAGUAAUAAGGAAACCUUCAUCCUAGCAUCUUGUAUACGUCGAACAUCAGAUACUAUAGAAAAAAGAUUUUGCUUCGACGUCACAGCUAUUGAUAAGCCCAAUAUAACCUACACGUUCCAAGCGCUUUCGGAGGAGGAUAGGAAAUUAUGGAUGGAUGCCAUGGAUGGAAAAGAACCCGUGAGUACGAGGUCUGGCUAUUAAAUAACGAGACUGCGCAUGCAGAAGUCGUCCUAGAGGGGUAGGGGGGGAAACGAAUGCAGCGUUGGAUAGGUGGAAGUGUCUACUAUUCCAGUACGAAACCUCGUUUUUGUCGCUG